AUGAGCUUGCACUCUGGCCUUGCCCACCCUGCCCACCGCGCGUGGACCGAGCCCCACAUCCAUGCGUCGCAGCUCAUCUACCCGCUCUUCGUCACGUCGCGUGCGUCCGACAACCCGAUCCGCGGCCUCGAGCCCAACGUGCAGUGGGGCGCUGGCCCGCACGGCGACUUUGCGACCUUGGUGUCGCAUCUGCGGGGCUUGCAGGCCAAGGGCCUCCGCUCCAUCAUGCUCUUUGGCGUUGCGAUCCGCAAGGCGCUGCCCGACCUCCUCAUUGCGUGCGAUGUGUGCAUGUGCGAGUACACGGACCAUGGCCACUGCGGCGUGCUUCGCCGCGUGGACGACGAAGACGUCAUUGACAACGACGCGUCCGUGGCCCGCCUCGCCGACAUUGGCCUCGCGUACGCGCGCGCCGGCGCGCACAUGCUGUGCCCCUCCGACAUGAUGGACAACCGGAUCGGCGCGAUCCGCCAAUCGCUCAACGCGAACGGCUUUGCGCACGUGUCGAUCAUGGCGUACACGUCUAAGAAGGCGUCGUGCAUGUACGCGCCGUUCCGCGACGCUGUCGAGAGCACGUUCAAGGGCGACCGCAACCGGUACCAGCACCCGGUCGGCUCGACGUCGCACGCGCUGCUUGCCUACGACCGCGACGUGGCCGAAGGCGCCGACACGGUCAUCGUCAAGCCGAGCUUGUUCUACGGCGACAUUGUCAAGGAGCUUUCAGCCAAGCAGCUCGUGCCCGUCGCAUGCUACGUCGUCUCGGGCGAGUACAAGAUGCUCUCCGACUAUGGCAACGGUACCAACUCGAUGGACGCGGUCGUGCGCGAGGCCCACCUCAGCCUCGUCCGCGCCGGCGCGAGCAUCCUCAUCACGUACUUUACGCCCUUCAUCCUCGAUCGCUUGCACCAGUGGUAG